AAUGCUGGAUCUCAUCCUGGAGAAGAACGUGGAAGGGUGUGCUUGCAACUUUUCUGUGACGCCUCCUUCGAAGAAGUUGGGAGAAAAGUUUGUCUUAAGUCCUACCGGCGUCAAAUUUGAAAAGCUCGGUGUGACAUUUGAUUUUUGUCGCGACUGACAGUGUCAGAAACUUGUGUCAGGAUGUAAAAUUGCGAUUUUCUGACAAAGUGAUGAGGUUUACAGGAAAUACUUUUGAAGUUAUUCUUAAGUACUACUUCUGAGGAAGACGCAUACUCCGAAACAAAGCAAAAAGAAUUAUUCUGGAUAAAAGGAUUUAGAGACAUUUUUGGAACUUUAUGUUUCGAAAACUUUCACUUUUUGGGAGGAAUGAAUAAAACAUGAGAUAUGUUAGAUCUGCAACAAGUAGUUGGCUACUCUUGUUUUCAAAAAUGGGCUGUUCUUUUCGUCACUCUUUGCACUGUCCUGAAUUCAAGCAACAGCGUCACAACUACGGAAGAAACAGAAAAAGACACAGACAAUGGUUCUAACAUGUCCCAAGAAGGUUGUCCACGCUGGGAAAGAAGUCCAUGGUGUCCUUGCUACCAAUUUGAAGAUGGACUUUUUCUAGAAUGUCCAAAUACUGGAUUAGACGAAAUACGUACUACUCUAUCACAAAUCACAGCACCUAUUAAGUCACUAAGCAUUUAUCAUCUUGAUCCAAAUGUCACAGUAUUACCAGAUGGUUUAUUUGAAAAUUCAACAGUUUAUCAUCUUCAAAUAUCUCAUACAGAAAUCAAUACGGUACAAGAACAUGCUUUCUCAGGUCUUGAAUUAACAUUGGAUAGCUUAUCUAUAGUGAACAGCAAACUAAAAGAAAUCCCUCAAGGCUCACUAAACAAACUUGUAACAUUACGAACGUUAGAUUUUGACUCAAACAUAAUUACAUCAGUAGAAAGUUACGCUUUGUAUGGACUUUUGAUAACUAGUUUGAAUCUCCAGAACAACCAGCUUGAUCUUUUGACAGAAUAUGCCUUCGGUGGUCUUGAAAAUACUCUUGAAGAAUUAAUUUUAAUCAACAAUAAGUUAAAACAGUUUCCACUGAAUGCUCUAAGACGUUUGAGGAAUCUUAAGACAUUGAGGUUAGUGUGGAACGAAAUUGAAGACAUACCAGACGAUGGAUUUACAAGAUUUACAAGUUUGCAAAGGGUUGAUUUGAGCUCAAAUAAGAUAAAAUCACUCGAUGAAAAAAGCUUCGUUACCAUGCCCAGACUGACUUCAUUGUCUUUGUAUAUGAAUAGGUUGACAUCACUAAAUGACACAGUUUUUUUGCAUUUAAGAGAACUGGAAUCUCUUGAUGUGAGCCACAAUAAUUUAGCAUCUCUAGCUGGUAAAGCCUUUAGUCAUCUUUCAAAGCUUCGCACUGUUGAUUUAAGUUACAACCAUUUGCAUUCGGUUAGCUCUGGAGCAUUUAAUAACCUCACUCUUCUUCGUGAAAUUUUUUUGACUAACAAUAUUAUCAAAAAGAUUACUAAUGAUACGUUUUAUAAUACUUCUCAGAUUUCUGUUCUUUUUAUUCCAAAUAAUGCCAUAACUCAUAUUGAAUGUGGAGCAUUUUAUCAUUUGCACCAUCUUUAUCAAUUACAGCUUUCAUUCAAUCAACUUAGAGAAAUUCAUCCAUCAAUGUUUAAAAAUAAUCGUGAACUGCGCUCUCUAUCACUUGAUAAUAAUCUAAUCACAGAACUACAACAAGGGACAUUUCAAGAACUUGUUGAGCUGAGAGAUCUUCGGCUGCAAAACAACCUUAUCAAAACCAUUAAGAAGGGAAUUUUUUAUUCUUUGCCAAACAUACAGGAACUACAUUUACAGUUCAACCGAAUAGAAGUCAUAGAAGCAGAAGCAUUGCAGUCGCUCGCUAAUCUUCAACAUUUAAAUAUUCAAGGGAACAAGAUGUUUGAGGUAGAUGACAUCCUAAGCCGUUACCCGUCCAGUCUCAGAUCUCUUCAACUAACCCACAAUGAAAUUGUAUCAAUGAAUGCUAAUAGCUUACUAGGACAAAAUAAACUAGAAAUUCUUUGGCUUAAUCAUAACAAAAUCAUAAGAUUACAUUCUGAUGUAUUUCGAGAUCUGGUUGAAGUACAGAAAUUGUAUCUCGACCACAAUUCUAUCACUACCAUCGAAAGUGGUACGUUUUCUGGUAUGAGACAGUUACUUUAUUUGAACUUAGAAUAUAACAGUCUCAAUCAUCUAAACGUGGAUAUGUUUCAAGAUGCAUCUCAAUUAGAGGAGCUUUAUCUCAGUCACAACCGAAUUAUGGAUAUUGAACCUCAAACAUUUCAAACUCUGCACAAUCUUAAAAUAUUGCACUUAUCACAUAACCAAAUAUACGUUAUUCGAAAGUAUAUGUUUGAAGGAAACUUGCCUCUGAAAGAGCUCGUUUUAUCAAGCACAAUGGCGGAAGAAAUCGAAGCUGGAUCAUUUUUAGAAUUGUCCUCUUUGGAAACUCUUGACAUGAGUGAAAAUAAACUGAGUAAUAUUCGAGUGGAUUUUCUUUAUCUUCCUUCUUUGAAGAAUUUAUUUCUUUCAGGAAACAACCUCAGUGGAGCAAACGAAAAUCUUUUUUAUGGACUGUCGGGUCUAGCGACCCUAAACGUCGAAAACACUGGUCUAAGUCCCGUUACAGUCCGGAUGUUUGAACAAAUGACUGAACUGAGAAUUCUACGUCUUGCAGGAAAUGGAGUAAAAACUCUAGAAUCUCGCCAUUUCUCUAGCCUUGGUUUUUUAAAAGAGCUCUAUCUCGAUAAUAACGAGUUUGAAAACAUACCAACUCAGGCGAUAGAAAACUUACCAAACCUGGAAAUAUUCUCGAUCUCGGAGAAUGCAAUUUCAAGUGUAUCACAUCUGUCAUUUAAGGGAAAUCGCAAUUUAAAGAAGAUAUUUAUUGGCAGCAAUGAUGUAGUAAAUAUAGAACAAGAUGCUUUUGCCAAUUUAACUAAAUUGAAAGAAUUAGAUUUAUCGAACAAUACUCUGAAAUCUUUUCAUUCUGGCGUGUUUGAUUAUUUUAAAAACUUAGAUAAACUCAUCCUGGAUGGAAAUUUAUUAUCUUAUCUUCCAAAUUCUCUAUUAAAUUCUCCAUUAAUAAAUCUACGCAUACUGUCGGUUAACCGAAAUCCAAUAGUACGUAUCAGAGAGGACUUAAGCACAACCGGUAGCUUUAACCACUUAGAAACAUUACGUAUAAACCGAGGCAAUAUAACGGUCAUAGCAUCUCAUGAUUUUCUUGGUUUUAAAAAUAUACUGCAUUUAUCGUUACGUCAUAAUAAAAUUGUCAAAAUAUCACCUGGCGCUUUUAAACCUUUAACAAAAUUAACCGUUCUAGAUCUUGGAUAUAACAAUAUCGAUAUAUUGCCUGAAGAAAGAUUUUAUGGACUGAAGAAAUUGAAAACUUUAAACUUAACAUCAAAUCGGAUAAUUGAACUGCCUGUUUUCAGUGAAGAUAUUGAGCAAGUAGAGAAUUUAGAUGUAUCUGGAAAUCAGUUACACAAAGUAGAGGGAGUUACGUUUAGAAAUCUUUACAAUUUGAAAACUUUAUUAAUGCAGAAUAAUCAAAUAACUUGGAUACAGUCUGGAGCUUUUGUGGAUCUCAGCUCUCUUUCUGAGUUAAAUCUUGAAGACAAUAAAAUAACUCUCCUAAGUUCAAGUACUUUAAUUCCCAUAGAAGUUAGAGUGUCCAAAUUGUUGUUGGCCGGCAACCCAUUUAACUGCGAUUGUCGACUACUCAGUUUUUGGGAAUGGAUUCAAGAGCACACUAGACUGAUCCAUGAUCCCGAAAGCAAUAUAAAAGACCUAAACUGUAUACUUCCAGAAAGAUUGAAAGAAACUUCCAUUUUAAGUCUUCAUCCAGUAGACAUAUGUCCAGCACCUUUCAUAGAAGAUUUAGAAGCAGUGCAUCUUGAUCAUGAGUCCUUAAUUAUUAAAUGGAAUGUGCAAAAUGGAACACUCAUUGAUGAUUUUCUCGUCACAUAUCACCUCACCUCAACUAGAGGAAGUAGCUUGAAAUCGAGUGAGCCUCUUCCUGCUAUUCAAAGACGUUACCAACUUGACGAGUUGAAAUCAGAAACCUGGUACACUGUGUGUGUUACUGCUGCAGGAAAAUACCUAAGAACUUUAGGUAAACCAAUACCAUACGUUACAAUUGAAGGCAAAACACAACCUACAAUUCCAGAUAAUGGAAAUCACAAGUGCCUUCAGAUAAAAACUCUAGCUAAGCUGCAAAAAACGAAAAUGACUUUAUCUACCUUAGGUAUCAUACUUGGAAGCAGCAUAAGUGCUGCUUUGGUACUGACACUAUCAGUUUUGCUGACAGCUAUUAAAUUUAGACGGCGGAGAAGAAGAAGACCUGUAAAGAAUGAUGUUCCACAGGAAUAUAUAUCCUAUAGACAUUUUUCCCUCCAAUCAUCUGAAGAACCUCCAAGAAUUAUAAACCACUGCUUGGAGCAUGCAUCUUGAAGCAGAUUGCAAUACAUUUUUGCACUUGGUGAGUCAAAAUUAUUAAAAGUUAAUAUGCUUUAAAAGAAAUUUUUCAUUAACUAUUU